AUUAAACUCGUUUUAAUACAAGCACCAGGCCUUGUUAUGAAAAAGAGGCUAAAGGUAAUUCGGAAAUAGCCCAUUGGCCAAAGUAAACUGGCCAAAGUAAAGGGUUUCUAAAGUAGACGUUUGAAGGGUUAGCCCACCAGAUCUCAUUUGCUUGAUCUACAUACUUAUGUCAGCAGCAACACCUUGACAAGUAAGUAACUACACCAGAGACAAACACUAUCACUCUUCAAAACCAUUUUUUACUUAAUAGACAACUAGAUUUUAUCUACUAUCCUACGAAAUACUUGGGAUCAGGGAUCGAAAAUGAUGGUUUUGGUUGAGUAUGUAAUGACGGAAAUGUCUAUCAUGUUCAGAAAUGUGAUACGCUUUGAAACCGUUAUGUUUUAGUGAGGUAUCUGGUGGUUAUCCUAUUUCAAGUCCAAUAAUAAUAAUAUAAUAAAUAUAAUUAUGUGUCAUUGUAACCGAUGUUUCACGGGAAAAAAGGUCUUCAAUGACUUGAAAUCAGUUCUCCUCUGAACAGGCAUAUAAGUUGCAUCUUUUUUGUCUGAAAUAUCUAAGCGAACACAGCCAUAAUUCCUCGGUUAAAGACAAAACCAACCACAAGAUUCCUUUGUUUUAAAAUCCGAUUCUAUGAAUUUGAUAUAAACUUAAGUGUGCAUAAAAACAAGCCACACGCCUCGGAUACUUGCUUACUUCAUGACGAAUAGUCGAUAAUGUCGGAUGUCACGCGAGAGUGAAUUCAACAAAGCUCAACUUUCAAGCUUUAGUACUAUCUUGGAGUAAUUGUUCCCAAAAAGAUCUAGCUCCCGUGACAUUAGCGAUUUAUUUAUUUCAAUCAACUUAGAGCCAAUUCUAAAACAUACUCAGGGCUAUAAUUGGUAUAGAAUAACAAAGUUAUCUUUAAAACUCUUCUUCGUACUGGGCCACGCUCUUUACCAAGACCUUAAAGAUUUGGUUCAUGCUUAGCGUGCGUAUAUUGAAUCAUGGAUGCACGCGGGAAGUUUGGAGAGCAAUCAAGAAGCUUAAGUUGCUCUCGGCUGUGCCUUAGGCGACUAUAACGCUUCCCUGGUGCUUUCCAAAUCUCCUGCGUGUAUUCAUAACUCGAUCUACGAACAGCUAAAAGCAUGACUUGUGCUAGAAGAAAGAGUUUUUUAAAAUAUCACUAUUGUGUCGGGUUUCCCAGGUAAUCGCGAUCUACCCGAAAGCUAUGACUUUAUGAUGAGGCAAAGACGACCAAGAAAUAUAUUAAACCCUAAGUAUGAUGAUAAAAAGCUUAAAGAGAAAAACGAAUUUUUUGCAUGUGCGUGACCACGUCGUAGAUUCAACAUGCUUGAAUCGUUGUUUACUAGAAUUCACGGCCAGAAAAUUGUGUAGGUUUGUGAUGAAAAUUCUGAAAUUGUACGGUUUGAAAUUAAUAUCAUCUAUUUAACAAUACUUUUGGGGCAUAGCAAGAUUUAAAAGCAAUACUCACCGUUCAAAAAACAAAACGAAAAACGUACGAAUUUUUUGUCUUUACGAGACCCGCCAAGUUGAUUCGCCUUACUUGAAUUUGAAUUUGUGUUUACUAGAAGUUACGACUCGAAAAUUGCAAGGCUUUGCGCUGAAAUUUUUGAAAAACGUACGAUUUAGGUCAAAAUCUCCUAUUUAAAAUUACUUUUGGGGCAUGUCAACACUUAAAUAUUAUAUUUACCGUUCUAAAGAAUUGAUCCCUACGUCGCAAAGCCUCACUUGAAGUUAGAGAGAGGACUUACAUUCUCAUAAGUUUUGUUUAGUAUAUCUGGUUUUCAUUUUGAGCUCCAAAAGGUCUAUCUCAAUCAAGGAGGAAUGGAAACAAAAUUUUGAAAGGUUUGAAACCUCGCGGCUAUACUCAACGGGCACUUGCAGCUAAAAUAAGGUGAAACUACACACGUCGUGUUAUGGAUGCAUGGCUGUGCGUAUAUAAGGAUUUUUUUUACCAUAUUAGCUCCUUAGGAAUUACGUAGGACUUGCCCCUUUAUAUGUCUUAAUAAAAAUUGGCUCAUUCUUAGCGUGCAUAUAUCGAGUUAUGAAUGUACGCGGGAAGUUUGGAAAGCACGAGAUGAGCGUAAGAGUUACUCUCGGCCGCGCCUCGAGCAACUUUAGCUUCUUGAGUGCUCUCUAAAUUCUCCGAGUGCAUCCAUAACUCGAUAUACGCAUAGCUAAAAGCACGAACCAGCUCUUUUAUAACAUAACGGACUCAACACGUGCUUGAAGAAAGGGUUUUAUCACUACUGUGUCGAGUUUACCACUUAAUCGCGAUCUGGCCCAAAAACUAAACUUGCUUAAGAAGCUAAAACGAACGAAUUUCUUGCAUACUUAAGACUGCGUAGUAGAUUCAGUUUGCUUAAAUCUUUGUUUAAUAGAACUCACCGCCAGUAAAUUGCGUAAGUUUGUGAUGGAAAUCGUUAAUUUGUACGAUUCUAAAAUUAAAAUAUCCUAUUGAAUUCUGCUUUAGGGCAUAUCAACAUUUUAAAAUAAUAUUCACUGUUUGAAAAACGAAGCGAAAAAGGUACGAAUUUCUUGCGUUUACAAGACUCGUGUCAUAUGAUAGAAUAAUUGUUACUACACUUAGCAAUACUAUGACUCACCAAACGACACUUUCCUCUCGGACACAAGGCCUUAAAUGUAUCUCUUAAAUUCCCUUAUACAGAUCGACAGGAAUCAACGAAAGGAAACGACAUGUUUGGAUCAUUGGUCCUGUUACCUUCAGCUUUCCUGCUGUUUAUGGUUUUCAUAACCGGGGAAACAGGUGGGUCCAUCGACAAUUUUUUUUAUCAAAUUGUGACGUGAAGAGUUUCUUUAACAAAUACAUAGAGAAGCCUUGACUGUGCUUUGUUCUGUUGUAAAGCACGUAGAAAGCGGUUAGAGCACGAAAGAAGAGCAGGGAGAAACACCAGUGGCAGUCGAGUGUUUCUCCCCACUUCUUGAGUCAAAGCACUCCAUUUGUUUUAUAGUAAAGAAUCCGUUAAACUCUCCACGCAUUACAUUCAAUUUUCAGAGCAAAGUUUAUUCCUAAAGCGAACAACAGUGUCGUAAGUAAAGCACGCAAUAACUAGCCAAUCCUCGUUAGAAUGGAUCAAAUAAACUGAUUGGUCGCAUAUCUGCAAUAAUUCACAAACUGAAAUAGAUCGGCAGGUCAAAUUUAACACUUUUUCCUAAAGUUUUUUAGUUUUAAUACUGAAUCUAAAAGUGAAAUGUGCAGUGAGAUUCGGUCGAAUUGUGGCUCAUAAAAAACUCCUCUUUUUUUCAUGACAAUUAGAAAACAAAUUGCUCAAAUUAUUAUUCAUUUAUGAAUGAACGACAGCCGAAUUCGCAGGAAUGGGGGCACACUUCUUUUCUUACCACAAAGCUUGCGUUUUCCUUAUCCAAAUUGAAGAAAGCCUAAUGCCGGUAAUGAUAUUUUUUGUGCCUUCAUUGUUCAGGCAAAACGUUCUCUUGAGCUUCAUCGUGAUUUCAGCUUGGAUUCCUUGUAUCACCGCGCUCAUUGAUUCGGUCGCACUCGCCGGUUUUUCGCCGGUUGUUCGCCGGUUGUUCGCCGGUUGUUCGCGCUUUUUGACCGGUUUAUUGAGAAUCAGCGAAUUGAUUUUCAAAGUAAGUGAUAAAUGUCUAGGUCGCUCUCCUAAACUAAAUAAAGGGUUCUGCCAUAACAGCCAUAGAGCACAUCUUCGAAGGUUUUAAAUCGGUGCCAACCCACUUUAGAUGCUAAAAGAACACUCGAAAGUUAAAAAAGCACCCGCCCCACGGCUGAUGAGUUUUGGUUUAUCACGUUAUAGAACCAAGGAAAAUGCGUUCGUUUGAUUCAUUUCUCGCUCAAGAUUAGUCAAUGUAAAAACAGGUUAUGGCGAGUAAUAAGGAAAUUACCUGUUUUACCCUCUCGUAAUUCAAGCUUUUCAAGUUAGAUAAUGCACGAUAAUUUCUGAAAUGCUAAAAAUAAUCAAGCUUAGUUUGUUUGCCGCAGUUAUUAUUGAAAAUGCCGGUAAAUUCAGAUAACUCAUUGGAACAUUUUUAGUCUAAAAGAAAUGUUUUUUUUUUUCGUGUUACAAAUGUGUGACAAAAAGAAAUUCCAAAUCUUUAAGGAGUCAAACCUUAUACCGACGGAUUCCGCACCCUGAUGCUUGAGACCAGAUUUUUAAAGCAAAUUGAGUGUUUUUGUCUGGUUUGGGGUAUUUUUAAAAAUUGAAAUUGUUUUUAAAACGACGUUUCGAUGUGUAUCUCUUGUCUUCUCAAGGUAUUGUAUUAAAAAUCAAUAUUGGGGAUCGUUGUUUUGCUUGGUGAACGAACUCUGAGGCAUACUGAACAUACAAUAACAUUCUAUCUAAUGCUCUCGGUCGAUUCAAUUUUUUUGCAGUAGUGAACGUGAAUAAUCCGAUUUCUCCGAAAGAGUACCAAGCUAAGAUUCGAGCAGGAUUUUCCACAAAUUGGUUCAAAUCGAAGCCGCCACUGAAAAAGUACUCGGAACAGAACAUCAUAGACGUCCAUGAGAAAGGCUUUAGUAACUUAAGGCUUCGAUGCAGGGCAGAUCUGUACUCAUACGACUUCUCCACCGUCGAAUUCAAACGGUUUCUUGGGUCUCUGACGACCGUUGUCGACGAUUGUCUGAAACACGAUGUGAUUCCAAUUAUCUCCUGGAUACACCACCACGCAGAAGCCUACGCUACAGAGAAGGAUCGUGUCGCCUAUGUUGGUUGGUGGACAGCUGUGGCACGCCAGUUAAAGGACAAGGACUACAGACUGAGUUUUAAUCUCUUCACAGAACUUGGAAUUGACACUUGUAAAGAGGAAGGGAAAAGUUGUGACCAAAGUCUUCGCAGGAGAACAGACAAAUACAAUGAGUGGACAAAAAAUGUAACAAAAGCGAUUCGAGGUACGGGUGGAAAUAACACAAAGCGAAUACUCAUUCUUGGGUCACCAGGAAAAACUGCCAAGGACUUACCUAAAAUCGAUUCAGAAAUUUACAAAAAUGAUCGGUAUAUGAUGGUUGAAUGGCAUCUUUAUGCUUCAGGGCCAAACAAAGUGAAGGAUUCCCAAAAGUAUUGGAGUGGCGAUGGUAAAUCUGGAGGCCAAGCAAAUGUCGAAGAAGCAAUUAGCUACGCGACGAGUUUUUCGAACAAGACUGGUCUACUGACCUAUCUUGGUGCUUGGAUGCCUCACGAUAACGCAAACGGAAGCAUAACAGAAACGGAAGCCAUAAAAUUUGCCCGUUUCUUUGUUAAGGAGCUGCGUAAGGAGAACAUACCGUGGUCCCUGAACGUUCUGGACAACUAUUACGACACCAAGGAAAGCAAAUGGCGGACAGAGACUCAAGUCAUCAAAGGUCAGCAGUUAAAGAUGGCCAAGAUUUUGAAUAAUAUUCGUAAAGAAAUGCCAAAGGCUAUUUAUUAGUUAACUUUACAUCGGUAAAUUUGAGCUACUUUAUUAAGUAAGCCCAGAUCGUGUCAACCAUUGUUUUCGUCUGGGUCUCAAAAAGUAAUAAGUUAGUCAGAGUAAUUUUAGUCUUGUUUUGGGCAUUUUGUAGUCUGUAUGAAAACUUCAGUGAAGGACUUAGAAUGAUGCAAACUGCUGAAGAAUCGUAAUAAAUCGUUUUAAAAGGAGUACUGACGCAUUCGUUUUCUGCAUAAAUCAUCAUGUUGGGAG